CUUUAUAGCCGUUCCAUCUCAAACACGGCGGAGAGAGAAGGUGUAGUAAGUUACUGUUAGUAACAAUGGCAAAAGAAGGAGAAGAAGAAGAAGACGAAGAAGAGCUGGUCCAACAGGCGUGGAACAGAGAAACAGUACCGAGGGUUAUGGAGAUCAUAAGCAGAAGACUUUUUCAGAGAGACCUCGUCUCUCUCUUGCUCGUCAGCCCUUGGCUUCACCGCACUCUCGUUUCUUACCCUUCCCUCUGGCUGGUUCUUGAUUUUCACGAGAUGAAUAAUGCCGGAGAGAGACUUGUGGCAGCUCUUUCACUGCCUAGAUAUCGGCAUGUGAAGCAAAUAAACCUUGAAUUCGCACAAGAUUUUGAAGAUAAGCAUCUAGAGCUCCUGAAAUACAGGUGCUUGGAAACCCUUCAACACCUGGAGUCUCUAAAUCUGAAUGGCUGCCAGAAGAUCUCAGAUAAGGGAAUUGAAGCAAUAACUACCGCCUGUCCUAUGCUGAAAGCCUUCUCUAUCUACUGGAACAUGAGGUUUACUGAUAUCGGUAUGACACAUUUGGUGAAGAAUUGCAGACAUGUUGUUGAUCUGAACUUGAGUGGCUGUAAGAAUGCUUCAGAUAAAUGCUUGCAAUUAGUUGCCAAAAAUUAUGAAGAGUUGGAGUCAUUGAACCUGACUAGGUGCAUCAAGUUGACAGAUAGGGGUCUGCAGCAGAUAUUGCUAAAGUGCUCCUCUCUCCAAAAUCUAAAUCUUUAUGCCCUUUCCUGCUUUACAGAUGAAGCUUACGAGAAGAUAUCACUUUUGGCUAAUCUUAGAUCCUUAGAUCUCUGUGGUGCACAGAAUUUAUCCGAUCAAGGACUUUCCUGUAUAGCCAAUUGCAAGAAUCUGGUGACGCUUAAUUUGACAUGGUGUGUAUGUAUCACCGACGAAGGUGUCAUAGCUAUUGCAAAAGGUUGCACCUCUCUUGAAUUCCUCAGGAAAAACUGCAGCUUGUUUGGAAUUGUUGGGGUGACCGAUAAAUGCCUAGAAGCCCUCUCCAAGUUUUGUUCCAACACUCUUACAACUCUCGAUGUGAAUGGAUGCAUAGGAAUCAAGAGACGUAGCCGCAAUGAAUUGCUUCAAUUGUUCCCCUAUCUGAGGUGCUUUAAGGUGCACAGCUAAUGUAAUGGCUAUGGAAAUCACACAUGACUAUUUCCUUUCAUCAAGGCCUGUGAUGCAGUUUGAACAAUUGUCCCUUACAUGCGGAAAGACAGUAGAUAAGUAUAUAUUUUUAACACCUGUAAACAUCUGAAGUUUGCUGAUUGUUACCAAAAGUGAUCCUGAUAGAUCGUGAGGUCAGUAAUAUUAACUCUGUAACAUGUAUUUUACAAACUAAAUGACAUGUUAAGCUAAUUUUAUGUUGAAAAAAAGUUACAAUAAACAUGACGGGCAGAACUACUUCUGUGAGAAUCCUUGCAAUUAAAUUGAUGUCAUUUUUUUUUGAGUGGUUAGAAAAUUUGGUUCCACUAUAGUGGAUUUUGGGAUUUCUCUACGAAGAGCAUGACAUAAGAAAGUAUUGUGUUAUGUAUACAUUAAUUUUUCUCGAGUGGUAUUUAUGAUGUCAUAUGUAAUUGUAAGUUAUAUUGUUUUGUGAAAUUUCUCGCAUCAG